AGUGGUGAAGCAGAGGGUACUCGUUGACUAGAAUCGCUAACCAACUCGCUGAUGAGCUAAUUGACCAACGUCACAUCACAGCUUUAGUAGUUAAGUUAGCCAGCUAUUUAGGAAUCGGUCGUUAAUUUGGUGGAUGGGGGGGUGAAGAUGACUGCUGACAGUGAGCUGGGAAUCAAAGAGGCCUUUGAGAGGGCCCAAAAGGGUCACCACAAUAAAGCAAAGCUUGUGGCUGCACUGAAGAGCACGUACAACAAGCUGGAAGACAAAUCUCCCUUCCAUGACGAGUUUGUGCACUAUCUGAAGUACGCCAUGAUUGUGUACAAGCGGGAGCCUGUGGUGGAGAACGUGAUGGAGUUUGUCUCCUGGUUUGCCACCAGUUUCGACGUUCCUGUCAGCAACGAGGAGGAAGAGGACGAGGAGGACGAGGAAGAAGUGGAAAACCCCUUCUUGAGCUUUCUGUUUAACUUUCUGCUGGAGUCUCACAACGCCAACAGCCACGCGGUGCGCUUCCGCGUGUGCCAGCUCAUCAACCGCGUACUGGGGGGCCUGGCGGAGAAUGCACAGAUCGACGACGACCUCUUCGAGCAGAUCCACGAGACCAUGCUGGUCCGCGUCACCGACAAGUUCCCCAACGUCCGCAUCCAGGCCGCCCUCGCCAUGGCUCGCCUGCAGGAGCCCCAGAACCCCGACUGCCCCACCAUGAAAGCCUACAUCCAGAUCCUGGAGAACGACUCCAACCCCGAGGUCAGGCGAGCCGUCCUGUCCUGCAUCGCGCCCUGCGCCCAGACCCUGCCCAAAUUCCUGCGCCGCACCCGAGACGUGAAGGAGAGCGUGCGGAAGCUGGCCUACGAGGUCCUUGCAGAGAAGGUGCACAUCAGGGCCCUGUCUAUCGCUCAGAGAGUGAGUCUGCUGCAGCAGGGCCUGAGCGAUGCCUCAGCUGCAGUGAAGGAGGUGGUCCAGAGGAAGCUCCUCCCGGCCUGGCUGAAGCUGCUGCAGGGGGACGUGCUGGACCUGCUGCACAGGCUGGAUGUGGAGAACAGCCCCGAGGUGGCAGCCUCCGCCCUCAGCAGCGUCUUCGCGCUGUGGACCCCUGAGGAGCUGCUGCAGGACCGUGUGCAGCUGGACAGCAGGAAGCUGAUCCCAGUGGAGAGCCUGACGUGUGAGAAGGUCCUGUACUGGAGGGCGCUCUGCCAGUUUGUCAAGGCCAAAGGAGACGAAGGGGAGGAGAUGCUGGAACAGCUCCUGCCCGAAGCGGCCGUGUUCGCAGAGUAUCUCUACGGGUACCUGCAGAGCAUCCCCAUUCUGACGGAGGAGGAGAAGGCGGACUUCGGAAAGGUGGAGCUGGCCAUGACCAAAGAGUUCAUCGGGCAGGAGCUCAUUGCUCUGGUGGGCUGUCUGGACACGGAGGAGGAGGGGGGCAGGAAGCGGGUCCUGGCGGUCCUGCAGGAGAUGCUGGUCCUACCCAACACGCCCACGGCUCUCGUAGCCCUGCUGGCGGAGAAGCUGGUGGCCCUCCUGAAGGACGAUGACCGCAGGAUUGAAGUUGUGGCGGAGAUCAUCUGCGAUGUGCGAGAACCGAUCGUUCCCGUAACCGAUUCCGUCGACGAGAAGGAGACCAGGAGGAGGCAGGUGCGGCUGGCGGAGGUGAAGGUGAAGAUCUUCGAGGCCAAGCAGGGGCUGGAGGAGUGCAUCGCCGCCCAGGAGUUCAGCCAGGCCUCGGACCUGAAGGACUCCAUCACCGAGCUGGAGAACCUGAAGAACCAGCUGCUGAAGGAGGCCGAGGAGCCUGAGAUGAAGGAAGUCAGGGUGACGAAGGCCCCUGUCUGUAGCAGCCAGGGGAGUUCUCUGGAACAGCCUACGGUUUCCGGCGGGAAACACGCCAGCUCCGAGAUAGGCAACCAAGAGCAAACAUCUAAUAAUGGCAAAAAGGGUGAUCCAGAAACCUUGCUGAAAUGUCUGACCAUGUGCUCCGAGCUGCUCAAGCAGAUGUCCAUUAAGAAAGGAAUCAGCCCCACAGUCAAUGCCAUCCUCGAGUCUUUGAUCCUGCCUGGCAUCGCCAGCGCUCACCCCGCAGUGCGUAACAUGGCCGUCAUCUGCCUGGGCACCUGCGCCCUGCACAGCACAGACCUGGCCAACCGCCACCUGGUGCUACUGCUACAGAUCGCCCAGCUGGACGAGCCCAAGAUCAGAGUGAGCGCUCUGAAGGCUGUGAUCGACCAGCUGCACCUGAACGGGUUCGACAUGGUGCGCCAGGCGCCCUCCCCGCCCGCGGCCCCAGACUCCGGCCCCGAGGACCCCAGGGGCCCCACCGAGGACUCGGCCGACAGCGAGGGAGAGAGCACGGUGCAGAGCAUCCUCAGAAUGCUCUCCGAGUUCCUGGACAGCGAGAUCUCUGACCUCAGGACAGAGGCGGCGGAGGGCCUGGCCAAGCUCAUGUACUCUGGGAGACUCAGCAGCGCCAAGCUGCUGUCCCGCCUGGUCCUGCUGUGGUACAACCCCGUCACUGAGGACGACACGCGCCUGCGGCACUGCCUGGGCGUCUUCUUCCAGCUGUACUCCCGCGACAGCAGGUCCAAUCAGGAGUGUCUGGAGGAGAGCUUCCUCCCCACUGUGCAGACCCUGCUGAAUGCUCCCGCCACCUCCCCUCUGGCCGAGGUGGACAUCUCCAACGUGGCCGAGUUAUUCAUCGAGCUGACCAGACCGGACGCCCUGGCCCGUCCCUGCAAGGGCACUGACUUUCAGGACCUCUCUGUGCACGACUCCCUGGCGGUGCGUCUGGGUAAUGAGAUCCUGAGGGACCCCACAGCCCCGGAGGUUCGGCUGUACAGCAAGAGCCUGAGUGCCCUGCAGCUGAGCCCCGAGGCCAGCACGGCCAACAAGGACCUUCUGCUGCUCCUGGAGGAGGUCCAGCAGGAGGUGAAUGACAAGAUCUGUCUAAGGGCAAUAGAGAAAGUCCUGUGUCAGCUGAAAGGCAGCUCUAAAGAGAAAAGUGGGGCCCAGGAUAAUAAUGACCCGGGGCAGGCGUUGGAUGAAACAGAAGGCCGAGAAGAGGGACAGCCUUGCCAGGAGCACCUGACAGCCAGCAAAAGGCCCAAGCGAGGCCAGAAAAGAACUACCACAGCCAAAAUGGCAAAAUCCAGCAAAGCCAGGGAGUCCUCUGAUGACAGCGAUGGGGAAAAUGUACCAGAAGGGCUGACCCCUGCCACAAGGCCAUCUCGACGGGCUAAAAGCACAGCCAUGGAAAAGACCAAGUUGGAUCUCACAGCUCUGAUGAGCCAGGAAGCGAACGGAUCCGAAUAGUCUUUAUAACCGUUAUACUCGUGCCUUUUCCCAUAUGUUUGUGUGUAUGCAAGGCUGACUGUAUGUACACCUUUUACUCGUCUCACUCAAUAAAGGAAUGUUUUUAAUGUGAA